AUGUGUAAGGGUAAAGAAUUGAAGCUUACAGAUAAGAUUUUUACUACCAAGACGAAAAAUUCCAUGUGGGAGUUUCCUGAAUGCUGCGGUAAUAUUUGCAGACAAAUGCCAAUACGUUUUGAUGAACUAUAUUACAAGAUGAGCAACAAGAGGACGCGCAAGUAUCCGCAAACUUGGGUAACUCCUCCUAAGCUUCGAAUAAAACUUGCCGAAAUAUAUCCUCCGCUCUGUCGAGCAAGCCCAGUACCAAAAAGGAUUCGGCGGCCGAGAAAGAAAAUAACGCCAUGCCGUGCAGCGGACUACAGCGGUGGGGACUUAAUGCCUUGUCUUUUGAUGCCAAAACCCCUUUGCAAAUUAAUGGUGUGUGAAGUAAACAAGAAACCAAAAAAAUGUGGACGCAAUGCAUUCCUCAUAAAACCCCCGAAAGGCAAAAAGCAACCAACCCCCUACCCAUGCUUUUCAGAGUGCAAACGCGUCAAACCGCGUCCACUUAGACCAAUUGAAUGCAAAUGUUUAGAUAAACCGUCAAUGUGUGAAGCUUGGGAAAGGUUUCGAGCACAACUUACUUUCGUUAAAGGUAUACCUGAGGAUACCUGUGAAGAACCAAAAAGAAUAGGUUGCCUGAUACUAGAUCCACUUCCUGCAGAACCGUGCUAG